GACAAUGUAAUUCUGGAUAGACUUUUUUCAGCCCCAACAAAUUCCCAGCAUGUACAGACCAGGAGAGAAAGCCAAACGGCGGCUGCGCGCUCACGCUUCCAGCAUCAGAAACGUCGAAAUUGCUAGAGGGAGAGCGGGAUACGGUUUUACCCUUUCCGGCCAAGCUCCCUGCGUGCUUAAUUCUGUUUUAAAAGGAAGUCCCGCAGAUUACGUGGGGCUCAAGGCCGGGGAUAAGAUAUUUGCGAUCAACGAAAUUAACGUGAAGAGGGCCUCCCACGAAGAUGUGGUGAAGCUGAUAGGCAAAUGCUCCGGGGUUUUGCACAUGGUCAUUGCGGAAGGGUUCGGUCACGCUGAAGCUUGUUCAAGCGACGAAGAAGAUGGUCUUUAUGAUGGCAGAGGGUGGCCAAAGACCAAGCCUGACUUGAAAGGCCCCGGUAUAAACCGGGCGGAGAAAGUGGUGGAGGAAAUGCAAUCAGGUGAAAUUUUCAACAUGAUCUUCGAAAGUUCUAAUAUUUGUGCUAGCGAGGUGCCGAUACCAAAAAGAAAAGAAACGUUCGCUCACGACGGGGCCAAGAUGGAAACGGAACCUCCACCUAGGAACGAUCAACCCCGCGUGCCGUACAAUGAGGAACAGCCACAAGCCUUGAACAAUGACUCGUUUUUUCGGGCUGGAUGGGACAACCAGGAGUACUGCGGAAUUGACGCCAGCAUUCUAAACGUGGCCAUGAUCGUGGGCUACCUGGGAUCCAUCGAACUCCCUUCUUCGAGUUCAAAUCUGGAAUAUGACAGCUUGCAGGCCAUCCGCGGUUGCAUGCGCCGUCUUCGGGCCGAGCAAAGGAUCCAUUCCUUAGUGGCGAUGAAGAUCAUGCACGACUCCAUUCAGCUCUGCACGAACCUGUCCGUUGUGAUUGCAAAGUAUCCAGCCGAGAAGCUGGCCUUUAGCGCUCUCUGUCCCGACGACAAACGGUUUUUUGGACUGGUCACCAUGCAGAGCGUGGACGAGGCAAGCUUAGCUCCGGAGGACGAAGUGGUCUUGAGGACCUCCUGCCACGUGUUUAUGGUGGAUCCGGAGCUAUUCAGUCAUAAAAUUCAUCAGGGCAUUGCCCGCCGAUUCGGAUUGGAGUGCACGGCGGAUCCCGACACCAACGGCUGCCUUGAGUUCCCUUUGUCGUCUCUCCCGGUCCUUCAGUUUGUCUCUGUCCUGUACAGGGACAUGGGGGAUUUCAUCGAGGGGGUGCGGGCCAGGGCCUUCCUCGACGGAGAAGCAGAUGCCCAUCAGAACAACAGUAUGAGCAGUAACAGUGACAGCGGGAUCGGGAACCUCCACCAAGAAGAAAAAAGUAGGGUUUUAGUGGUCGAUUUAGGAAGCAACACCAACAAACACCUGCUUGGUAAUAACGUACAGGGCAGUCCAAUAAACAGAGCUCACAACUCCCACUGGAAUUUUGGUCACGAACAAGAAAACGUAGGGUCAGGAGCCGUGUUCCAGAACGAUAAAUCUCAAAACCUAAAUAAACUCCUGGCGUCUUCAGCUCAUGUUGACGUUGCGGUAGCGGCUUCGAAAAGCUCAGCGCCGCCAAAUAAGAAGAACCCCACGGACAAUCAGAGGUGGUUGCCUGUUCACGUACUGAAAGAUUGGCAACAGGGAUGUCUCAGCGACCAAGAGUCGUACACGGAUUCCACCGACGGCUGGUCAAGCGUCAACUGCGGUACGCUUCCGCCUCCUAUGAAUAAAAUCCCUGCGGAUAGAUACAAGGUCGGCGGCGGCUUUGGCCAGCCUCAUCUCGUGUCCCCAACGAAAGAACUGGCUGAGAAAGAAUUUCAGGCGGCUUCGGAUCCCUUCGACUCUCGACCCGGUUUCAGAACAACCAGAGAAGAAAAAAAGAUAAGUAUGGGGGCAAAAUUCGGACCCGAAUUCGGAUUGGCACAACUCUUCCAUCAUUCUUCUUCGGCUCGAAAAUCGUUUGGGCGCGCCAAGAGAUUCAGCGUUACCCGUUCGCUCGAGGAUCUCGAGUCUACAACCGUGUCUGAUGGAGAGCUCAAUCACAGUGACUUGAAAGAUGGCGCCAGCGACACCAGCCUCAGCAGCAAUGCCAGUCUGCCCAGCGUCCAGAGCUUCCGACGACAACGGGAGAGAAGAGUCGCCAGCUGGGCUGUUUCCUUUGAGCGGCUUCUCCAGGAUCCCCUGGGUAUUCGUUAUUUCUCCGAUUUCUUGCGGAAGGAAUUCAGCGAAGAGAACAUUCUGUUUUGGCAAGCCUGCGAAUAUUUCAAUCACAUCCCCGCUCACGACAACAAGGAGCUUUCCUUCAGAGCGCAGGAGAUCUUUAACAGGUAUUUAUGCAGCAAAGCUACGACGCCAGUCAACAUUGACAGCCAGGUCCAGCUGGCAGACGAUGUCCUGACCGCACCACAUCCACACAUGUUCAAAGACCAACAGCUUCAGAUUUUCAAUUUGAUGAAAUUUGACAGCUACGCCCGCUUUCUGAAGUCUCCAUUUUACCAAGAAUGCGUUUUAGCAGAAGUGGAAGGCCGUCCAGUCCCUGAUCCGCAAUGUGUCACGAGCAGCCCUACACUGAAGUCCAGCUUCGGCCCGGACACGUUCAGUGUCUCCACUCCAAGAAAGUUAGGCGGAAAAGCCAAGUCUGGGCGCUCCUUACACGAAGAAUCUGGAGGAGAGGAAGAUGCGGAGAAAAAGAAAAAAGGGGCGUUUUUUUCCUGGUCGAGAAGCAAGAGUUUGGGGAGGUCACAGAAGAAGAAGGAGAACGGCAGUUGCCUCAAAGAGUCUUGUCAACCUGGUGGGCUGUCUUACAGACAUAAAUCUCAAGAUUCCUUGUCUUCAGCUGCCAGCCUCGAGAUGGGCGAGCCCUGCCGAGCACCGGGACCCCCCGCGGCGAAAGAGAAGCCCCCCAAAUGCUGCCACGUCACCCUCCCAGACGGCUCCACCUCUGUCAUGCCCGUAAGAGCCGGGUCCUCCAUCAAAGAGGUGCUGUCCGACUUCUGCGAACGGCAACGCAUCAGCAUGGCCGCAGUCGACCUUUUUUUAAUCGGUGGAGAUAAGCCCCUCGUACUGCACCAGGACAGCAGCAUUCUGGAUGCUCAAAGUCUCCGCUUGGAAAGACGGACUUUAUUUCGGCUCGACCUCGUCCCUAUAAACCGAUCGGUUGGCUUAAAGGCUAAACCCACCAAGCCGGUCACAGAGGUUCUGCGUCCGGUCGUGGCGAAAUAUGGACUGAAUCUUAAUAACCUCGUGGCAAGACUAAACGGCGAGCAAGACCCCUUAGACCUCGGGGCCCCCAUCUCCAGCCUUGACGGACAGAGGGUGAUUCUGGAAGAGAGGAUUUCGCCAAAGGGGAAAGACAAGGGGAAAGGAGCGUCAUUAAAACACAGUGCGCCUGUAACUACUAAUGCAGGAAACCAGGCACUCACAGGCGAAGGAAGAACGGUAGGAAAGCACAACUCUUUUAAAUUAAAAGGAGAGCCUGGCAAGAGCUCCAGAGAAGCCCAUCUGGCCCCAAGGGGAGACCGCUUUGCUCAGACCGAAAAAAACACACACCGGCCAUUGAAUUUGGAAGAAGCAGAGGGUAUGUCACUUUUUAAAUAUAUGCAGUAGCGUGUGUCUUGUCAACCGUGGUGACCAAGUGGCGUGUAUUCAUAUCCGUUCCGGCCGUGUGUAUUGGCGGUGCAAUAAACUUCAACCACUCCGAAGUUA